AUGCCCGAGACUACCUAUGCAGCAAACAACUAUCUCGAUUCCCUUACUCGCUACAUCGAGAUCCGGUCGGUCUCGGAUAUCCUCGAGCUGGAUCUUACGCUGAGGGGUGACUAUUACUUUCCUCUGAGAUUCCCCAUUUGGAAUCACGAGUGCGAAGGACCAACCAAUGGUGGUCUGAUGAUCGGCACCAGCUGCUCCUUUUCCGCUUCUUGUUACGACCUCAUCGGGAGUUUUGCUGCGUGCAGCGGUUGGACAUUACCCAAGGUGACUGCCCUUGCCACCCAAGAAGCGCACAGCGCGGGAUCUUCGCCUUACUUUGCCCACGACAAGACCAUUGUACCGUGUCCUAUCGCGUCAUCGCCGGCUACCAAGAAAGCGGAUGUGAUGCCACCGGCGACUACUCUUUCACGGUCCAAUGUGGAGGAGGAGGAGUCCUGGGCUAUUGGACGCAAUUGGAAACAUGCUCUAUUGUCGAUGGCGGAACUAUCGAAUGUACCAUGCCCGCGGCUCCUGGUGGGCAGCUGUUGGAACUUUAUGAAGACGUUACUUGCAGUGGAAGCACAGUGGAACAAGUCGCGAUCACUGCCACUUGGACGCGUGUACCACUCCGAUGCCAACAAAACGACUGGACGCAAUUCGAUCACUGAAUUCGAAGAUCGAAACAACAAUGAUGGCGAACAGGAUCCGGGCGAGCCGACAAUCGACAGCGAGGCUGUGGUGGUGGAGUUUUGCAGCGACGCCAUUGGGUAUGCUUGUGUUCCAAGCUGUAGCGCGGAGGAAGUGCAGGGCUUGAUCAGCGAGAUCAAACCACAGCAUGUUGAUUUGAGUUGUUUUGAUAUCGAUUACAGCUUUAUUGAACUGCUCGCGGCAGCAGGACGACGAGGUGGGGGCACGAGCGCCAAAGAGGAGGCUGGACUGAUGGCCAAGCGCGUUCAGCAGCUGCAGCGCCAAGGGGAUGUCUCUCUCAAAGGCGGCGCCGGGUUGUUUGCCGAUCUCCUUCAUCGGCAGCCGUGA